AUGUCACGCACACUCCUGCACCUCCACAGCAGUUGGCAGGUGGACCAGGCCAUCCUCUCAGAGGAGGACCACAUGGUUGUCAUUUGCUUCUGCAAUGACUGGGACCCCGCAUGCAUGAAAAUGGACAAGGUCUUGUACAGCAUCAUUGAGAAGGUUAAAUAUUCUGCAGUUAUUUUUCUUAUGUAUAUCACCAAAGUAUCUGACUUCAACAAAAUGUAUGAGUUAUAUGAUCCAUGCACUAUCAUGUCUUUCUUCAGGAACAAGUACAUCAUGAUUGUCUUGGGGACUGGCAACAAGAUUAACUGGGCAAUGGAGGACAAGCAGGAGAUGGGGGACAUUAGAGGGAUCAUGGACCGUAGGGCCUUCAAUGGAGGCAACCUGGUCAUGCCCUCAAAAACUACUCCAUGA